AUAUAAUACACAGACGAGAACCAUCCCCACAUCCAUUUUUUUCUCUCUCUAUAAAAUCGCUUCGUCUUCUACCUCGGCGACACCACUUGCAGACGAAGAAACUUAAAGAUUUUCCGGUGAAGAGUCAAACAUCGACGUUGACGGAACAAGAGGAGAAGACGAGAGAGAGAGAGAGUCAGAGCUUCAUCGUCAUUAGCUAUUUUUUUUUUUUAGUUUCCCGACGUCUAACCACAUGAACCGGCGGCGACUUCUGAUUUCGGCGAUACUUCUCUCAUACUUUCUUCUUCACGGCACGGCUCUCGCCUCCGAAACAGGGGUAAAGCUUAGAGGUAAUCUGGAUUUUACUAAAACGACGACGUUACCUAGCUCUUCGCAUCGGAAGAUGCUUCUUCUCUCUCCUGAAAAAGGAAAAGUUGAAAGGAGGGCAGAGCCAGAGAGGAUAGGAGACAAGUGCAAGAGUACAGACAUAGUGGUGAACCAAGCUGCAACGGAACCAAUGCCGAGCGGGAUACCAGGUUACACGGUAGAGAUUACCAACAUGUGUAUGUCUGGAUGCGUUAUUUCGAGGAUCCACAUCAGCUGCGGUUGGUUUAGCUCAGCUAAAUUGAUUAACCCAAGAGUCUUCAAGCGUCUUCACUACGACGACUGUCUUGUCAACAACGGCAAGCCUUUGCCUUAUGGCUCCACACUCUCUUUUCACUACGCCAACACUUUCCCUUACCCUCUCUCUGUCGCCUUCGUCACCUGCUCUUAGCUUGUUUGCUUUCUUUUUUUUCUUUUUUCUUUUAGGAUAAGAUAGUAGCAACUGAGGGAAAUUAAGAGAGUCUUAUUAGAUACGGAAAUAUGGAGAUUAGUUUUAUUCAUACGAAUGCUACCAUCAUCCACUUUUGUU